AUGCUAUCAUCGGGUCACAGCCAGCAUGUCCUCCUGACUGGGGCCAAUGGAUUUGUCGCAUCGCAUAUCCUCUUCCUACUGCUUGAGGCCAAAGCAGACGAUGUGAUCGAGACCCACCCCGACUGGAAAGAGAAGGUCAAUUUUGUGAUCGUGUCGGAUUUCACCUCACAGAAACCAUUCAACACUUUGUUCGAAGAGAGCGAAACUCCCUUCGAUUAUGUUAUCCAUGCGGCAUCGCCAUUCAAUUUUGGCAUUAAGGAUUUCCAGAAAGACAUGAUCGAACCGGCGGUUAAGGGGACAACUCAAAUCAUGGAAAGCGCUCACCAACACGGUGGAAGCACGCUCAAACGAUUUGUCUUAUUGGGAAGCGGUGUUUCCGUACUUGAUUCUUUCCAAGACAUUGGUCGAGAAGGAAACCCAUACACCGAGAAAAGUUGGAAUCCAGUAACUGUGCAACAAGCGAUUGACCGUAACGACACCGUGUUGGGUUAUAGUGUUUCCAAAACCCAAGCCGAGCGUAAAGCCCGGGAAUUCAUGCAGGCAAAAUGCCCCAAAUUCGAUCUUACUGUCAUCAACCCAGUAAUCAUCACCGGACCUAUGAUCCAUCCAAUAUCCGGGAAGGUAUCGAUCAACGAAAGCAAUCAUUUCGCGAUUUCUAGCUUCAUUGACGGGACCCACCCCAAGGUCGAGGACGUGCGGCUUCCAUUCUACCACUUUGUCGACGUACGCGACGUGGCGAGGAGCCAUGUGGAUGCACUUACCAAUCCGGCUGCUGGAGGGCAGCGUAUCCUGCUUGUCUCGGGGCUUAUCACACCGCAGCUGGUCGUCAAUAUCGUUCGAAGACAAUUCCCAAAACUGCGCGAUAACGUUCCAGCCGGUAAACCGGAUAAGGUGCUACCCGAGGGAGUGCGUCCUACCGGGUGGGAUACGCGAGUUAGCUUGGACGUCCUAUCCAAGGGGAAGGGCACCUAUCAACCGCAAAUCGUUGCUCUACUCCAUCCACACCUUAUGCUCUGGCAACUGCAGCACAAUGCUGGCUAUCUCCGUGAGGAUCGCCUGAGGAAGUUCUGGAAAUUCGAAAAGAACACUGUUCUUCGAGCCGUGGAGCGCACAGACCGGAUAGUCUUAACUUUCAUAUGUUUUAUCGAGACAUUCCAGUACAUUUGUGUCCCUGGAGCAGCUCUUCCUUCUGGAGCCAAUAAAAAUCAUGGAAGGAAACAAAAGACCUUCACUUCAGUUCAUUCCAUUUCAGUUCAACUUUGGUGUCGGCGUAUCGGAUAUUAUGUAACCAUCUAUGCCUCAGGCCAGCAGACAGGCAGUCCGCCUGACCAACCACACAGUGUGCUUAUCGGUAAGGGUACUCAGCAUGCAUCUGUCGGACUAAAUUCUCCCGAAAGCCAACCAGUCUUGGGAUUUGAUAAUGACCACUUCCUGUCAAACUUCUAUGAAUCUCAACAUUCCAGUUCCUCCUCCACCUACAAUAUCAGCCCAAGUGAGGUGUACUACAGAUACACAGCGACGCACGUGCUGUGUUUGGCGUCGAACAGAGAAUUCCAAUAUCGGCUGGAGUUUCCGAAGUCGGCCAACCGUGAGGUAGCAAACGAUGAAUAG